CAGAAGUCCAAGCAAAGCAAACAAGAUGGCGGAAUACGGCGAAGAGGCGAGUUGCAACCACACGAUUUUGCCCGGACAUAGUCAUUCACACGGAGUGAAACCCUAUCCAGUACAGCCCCAAUAUGACCCAGAUACACCCUAUCCACUGCAGCCACCACAGCCGCCGCCAGUAUCAGGACCAGCCAUGAUGGACAUUGAUCUGGAUGGACUACACACACAGCAGCCUAUCCAGAAAGAACAAGAAGACUACAGUACAUGGGACAUAGUGAAAGCUACGCAGUAUGGCAUCAUGGACAGGGUGAAAUACCUGAUUGAACAGGAAGGCUAUGAUGUCAACCAACCAGAUGAUGAAAACGUAUCAUUACUACACUGGGGUGCAAUCAACAAUAGAUUAGAACUUUGCAAGUAUCUAAUUCUGAAAGGUGCACUGGUUGAUAGAACCGGUGGUGAGUUGAACUCUACGCCAUUACAUUGGGCCACAAGACAGGGUCAUUUACCAAUGGUUAUAUUAUUAAUGCAGUAUGGUGCUGAUCCAUCCAUCAGAGAUGGUGAAGGUUGCAGUGGUGUACAUCUUUCCAGUCAGUUUGGACACACAGCUAUCUUAGCAUAUCUGAUAGCUAAGGGACAGGAUCCUAAUAUGCUAGAUCAGAAUGGAAUGACACCAUUAAUGUGGAGUUGUUACAGAAUGUUUGUAGUUGAUCCAGCCAGGUUGCUAAUUAAAAUGGGAGCCAGUGUGAAUUUACAAGAUAAAGUACACCAGAAUACAGCUUUACACUGGGCCAUUAUGUCAGGCAAUGCUAAUGUUAUGCCACUGUUGUUACAAAAUGGUACAGAUACAUAUAUUGAGAAUUCCAAGGGUGAAGACGUAUUGAAGAUGGCUGCUUCAAAGAAGAAUCUCUAUGUAUUUAAGAAAAUUCAGGAUCACCGGGGAGACACUGCAUUCAAACAUGUUGGCAUACUGCAUAAGUUAUCAAUGAGUAAGGUAUGUCGUACCAGAGUCAUGUACACCUUACCAUUUGUUACAUUCUUUGUGAUUGGUUUCAUACCUGAAUUAGAUUAUUCAAUUGCAAUCAAGCUAUUGUUGUUUGGUCUAUGCUACGUGUUAUUUUGGUUCUUGUCAAAAUUGUUCUUUGAUGAGCGUUAUGGUAACAUUAUGCCAAUAUCAGUUUACCUAGCAACUAAGGUAUUGAUGUACUCAUCAUGGUUCUUCUACUAUUGGCCCUAUAUUAAUAGUAUGAGUAUACAUAUUCCAUUCUUUAUCAUCUCUGCGCUGUUGUUGUACAAUUUUGUCAAAGCAUGGAGAUCUGACCCAGGGGUUAUUACGACCUCUUUUGAAGAAAAGAAACGGACUAUUAUCGAGCUGGCUGAAACUGGAAAGUUGAAAAUUGAGGUAUUUUGUACAACCUGUAUAAUUAGAAAGCCAAUCAGAUCCAAGCAUUGUUCAUAUUGUAAUAGAUGUAUUGCUAAGUUUGACCACCACUGUCCCUGGAUUGACAACUGUGUUGGUGCCGGCAAUCACAAAUAUUUUAUUGGUUAUUUAUUUUUCUUGGAAAUCAUGAUCAUAUGGUGUCUGUACGGAACGAUUCAAUUUUGGAAUGGUGAAUGUGAGACUAACUUUGAGGAGGAUGGAAUCUUUGCCUGGUUGUUUCAAGUAAUGAAGUGUUCACCAUGGGUGUUUUGGACUUCUGUCAAUGCACUGGUACAUGUUGUAUGGGUUGGACUCCUAUUCAUCUGUCAAAUGUACCAGAUCAGUGCAUUGGGCAUGUCAACAAAUGAACGCAUGAACCAGACAAGAUAUAAACAUUUCCGACAUGAAAAGGGAAGAAUCAGAAGUCCUUUCAACAAUGGCUACAUCAGAAAUAUUGUCAACUUCUUUGAGAUUCGUUGCUGUGGAUUGUGUCGGCCAAUGAAAAUUGAUUGGAAGACUCAGUUUGAUAUGGACAUACAGUCAACAGGCAGCUACACUUACAAACCACUUUCAACCCAAGAAAACUAUCAGUUUGUGUAG